UGCGCUGGCGGGAGCUCACUCCAUAAAAUAUUAUCUGUGAAAAAUGUUACUGUCCAGCCGUUUACUUGGAUUUGUGUUCUGUGCUUUGGUCAUAAAAUGCUGUAGCGGAAAUAAAGCCAAACCGAAGCGUGGCUCGUCUUGCAAGACUUGUAACCUUUGUCCACCCAGGAUUGACGAUGGCUUCUUUAGUCUACGUUAUAAGCCACAGUCACAACAGUUGCAAGAUAUUGCCGAUACGUGCAUCAAAGUUGGCGAUUGCUCGGCAGCGAAAGAUUCUAAGUACAGAACGUACGACGAGACUUGCAAUAAUCUCAGAUUUCCCAUGUGGGGCGUCACCAAUUCCGCAUUAGUCAGGUUGCUUCAACCAAAAUACUCGGACGGAGUUUCGAAACACAGAAAAGCGCAGGACGGCUCAGAUUUGCCGAACGCGAGACUAGUGCGAACAACAGUCCUCAAGGAUAAAAUGGUCAAGAAUAAGAAAGUUUCGUACCUGUUUUCAGUUUUCGCUCAGUAUAUCUCCCAUGACACGGCCAGGACCAGCCAAGCAGCCGCCAAUUUCACAUCGUGCUGCAAUGGAGAUAAAUGGCCAGGCCAAGUGCCCGUCAACUGCACUUCGACGCGGAUCCCUGAUAAUGACCCAUUCUACAAAAAAUUUGGCGUCACUUGCCAAGGUCGAAUCAGAUCCUUGACUACCGAUGAUUUUGGUUGCCCGUUGAGGCCUCAUCAACAUGUCAUUCCAGUGACUCAUUUCAUCGACCAGUCCUUAAUAUACGGCCAAAACAAGCAGGAUAUGGAAAAAUUUAAGGGGAAAAACGGACUACUACAAGUUUCAGAAAUUGACAAAAGAAUAUUCCCAAAAUCCAAUGCUAAUCCUCAAGCAGUUUGCGAUAUUCGACAGGGAGACAGGGGAAUCUGCUUUGACGCCGGUGACCCGAGACCUAACCAGAACCCGCCCUUCACUGCAUUGGUUACGAUUUUUGUGAGAUUUCAUAAUGAUUUCGCCAAGAAACUCCUCAAACUGAACCCAAAAAUGUCUGCAGAUGAUGUUUUUGAAGAAACUAGACGAGUCAUGAUAGCUGUCGAACAUUUCAUCGUCCGAAAAGAAUGGUUACAUCUUUUGAUUGGUCGUGAAUUUAUGAUACAGGCUAAACUGAACUACACAAAUAUAGAUUAUGACAAUAAUUACAACGAAUUUGUGAAUCCAUCGACGUUGAACGAGUUUAUGAAUGGUGCUUACCGAGGAGGCCACAGCACAAUUAUUGAUAAACUGAACAUUCAUUCACAAGGCAAAAUGCAAGCUAUGGUGUUGAACGAUUGGCUGAAUCGCCCUCAAUUCGCAGUUGACAAUUUUGAUCCGAUUUUGAAGAGUGUCUGCACCACACAUAUGCCUAAACAAGACAUUCACGGAUCCUUCGCUAUGAAUAAUUUAUUCUUCCGAAGAACUAGACCGUUUGGACUGGAUUUAGAGACGACGUCAAUUGAACGCGAUAGGGAAGCUGGAUUCGCUGGCUUUUGCGACUACAUGGAAACGCUGCUCGGCGAACCGAAGAUCAAUUCCUGGAAUGAUCUGAAGAGAUAUUUUACUCAGGAGACAAUUGGAAACAUGAGGAAGGUGUACAGACAUUGGAGGGACGUUGAUAUGUACGUAGGAGGGGUAGCUGAGUGCCCCGUCGGUACCAGCAUGUUUGGAAAAUUGUUUACGGCGAUUAUAGCUGACCAAUUCAAGAGAUGGCUCUUAGGAGACCGACAUUCCCCCACUUUUAAAGAUGGACCAGGAAAAUUUACCAAAGCUCAACUGAAACAGUUAAACAAAAUUACAAUGUCUUACUUACUGUGCAAGUAUGGGGAUAAAUUGGAUCAUGUUCCCUCAAAGCCCUUCGAAAUAAACUCGGGAGAUCUCUCGAACCCCUUUAUCGAAGAUGAUACUCCUGAGUCAACCUCUGAGGAGCUAACAUCCGAAGAGCGACUUCAAUCUCAAUCGUCCCCUUCUGAAAACGAGUCUGAUACAUCAGACCUAAAUUCUGAAGAACCUGAUGAAUCAGAAUCUUCAGAUGAUGAAAAUGACGACAGAGAUUUGGAGUUAGAAAAUAAGUUGGAAUCUUCUCAUAUCGACGUUGACCAGGCUAAAGAACCCUCUGUUAUUAUCAGGUCGAAGAAAGUCGUGUGUAAAGAUUUACCGGACAUUGAUAUGACGCCAUGGAAGCUCUAAUAUUGUAUUAGACAUUGAAUCCGGAAGCUCAUGGACUCAAAAAAUCAACCAACUAAAUUCAGGCGUUUGGAAGGUCGAGAUCCUGAAGAAAUGCCGAUACCACUUUUACCAGCAGUCCACUCACCACCAUAUUCAACUCAUGUCACACUCAUCACGGAGUAUUCAAAAGAGCUAUGUUUUUAAGACCUCAUCAUCAUCUCGCCCACGCAGUGUAAAAGUCUUGUUUAGAAGUUACCUUUCAGAUUCGCCUAAAUAUGACAGUCGACCGAAAAAUUGAGCAAUAUCUUUUGGCAAACUGAUAACUUUAUUGCAGAAACGCGCCUGACGAAGGUCCAGACCCUACCGCAUUCGCCAGUUACCUAUCAUCAUCAGGGGAAUCUUGAUGAAUCCAAUUUUUCUCAUUGUGGGACACAAGUUUAUUUAUCAAUAAAUCCUCGCGAAUGUAUUGUCAAAACGCGUCCAUUCUCAAAAACAUGAAAAUGAAUGAAUCGGAAUGUUCAAUGAGCAAUAAAGAUAUUUUGGAUAAUU